AUGGCGGGAAAUCCUCCGAGCUCCUACACUACCGACCCCACGCUUUUUCUCUACACCUCUCUGACAGCAGGCUCAUCUCAUAUCAUUACAGCAACUUCUCGCCUGGAAACAAUUCUCAAGGCGAACAAGAUCCCCUUCCGCGCGAUUGAUGUUGCCACAGAUGAGAAAGCACGCAUGAUAUGGGGUAGGAGGUCGAAAGGUAGAAAGCUACCUGGCCUGGACUUGGACCAAAUUGAAGAGUGGAAUGAAUACGGUGAACUGAAAGCACAGAUAGCAGCAACCCUGUCGCCCUAUGACGCUUCAAAAUCGGAACCACAGACGGUGGCUGUGACACCCAUGCCAGCACCGCCCAAAACAACCAGUUCUUCUUCUGCUCCCCAUAUAAGGAUAGGAGAUACUCCUUCCCGGACUCCGUCUAGUGAACAACAGGGUGAGAAUAUGCCUGCUGCACUGCGCCAGGCGAGCGAGGAGGCUGCGGCGAAGGCCAAGGAAAAUAUGCGGGCACGACUAGGAUUAAAGCCUCAAUCACCCAUACAUAAACCAGAGGAUAAGAAGCCAGAGGGCCAGAAACAAGAAGAGCAUAUACUGAAGGAAAUGAAAUCAGGCGCGUUGGAUGAGAAAAAGGUAGGCGGGGAGAAGAAACUGGAAGACAAGAAAUCAGAGGAUCAGGAACCGCAGAAGAAGGAACUCGAAAAGGAGAAUAUGGGAAAACAAGAGCAAGGAAAGGAAGUUCAACCGGCACAAGAGAAACCGGAAGGGAAGAAGAUGGAGGAGCAGCCCGUGAAGGGGGAGAAUGGAGAGACUGAGAAACUGGCUGUAGUAUCUGAGACCACAGAGCAAUCAAAGAAAGCAGAAGAACAGGCACCCAUCAAAUCACCAGGAGGAACGGACACGGCUGAAGUGGAAUCGACUGGCGACUCGAAACCAGAAAAGGCAAAGGAUGAAGGAGAGGCAUCAACAGCCAGCCCAAGUGCAACCGAGGAUGCGUCAAGCCGGGAAAAAGAAGCAGUAUGA